AUGAACAAUUCCCUGGAUUAUCUGGCAUACCCUGUAAUUGUCUCUAAUCAUAGACAGAGUACAUCCUUCAGGAAGAAGCUGGAUUUUGGCCACUACGCAUUUCAUAAGAAUAGAAUACAAAUAGUGAAGCCUACUGUUGAUACCAAACCUCCAGCAGCGCACACACAUCACAUUUUAAAAUUAAGCAAACUGCAGGGUGAACAAAAGAGAAUCGACAAAAUUGAAUACGAAAACAAGCAACUGUGUCAAAAAAUCGCCAAUGCCCACCGAGGCCCCGCCAAGGUGGAUUGCUGGAACGAAUAUUUUUCCAAGAGCUUAAACAGAGAAACAAGGAACCGGGAGCUAGUGAGAAUCACUGUGGAAAACCAGGGCAUCCUGAAGAGGCUUGGUGAUCGCAAACCACACUAUGAGCGCAAGUCGGCAGAGUUAGAUUGGCAGAAUUCAAGACGCUAUAUCAGAAAUACAACCAGAUAUCUUCUCUCCCGAGAUAAAUAG